AAACAGAGAGUUAUUAUUCACUAUUCAGUCACCACCCCCAAAAGGCCAAAUCUUUAAAACCUCGUGACAGUCUGCUACACUCAUAAUCUUGAAUCGUGUUGUGCGUGAAUGUCAGCGCAUUUGCCAUUAGUGACCUACACGUUCUCUCCUCUCACUUGCAUUUCGGAUCACCACAAGACCUUUUCUCUCUCUCUGCUCAAUAAUAUUCCAACCCUCAGCCCCAUCCACCUUUUGAGAAAUUCAACAACAACCCACCACGGAAAAAGCCAAGGAGACAAAAUCCCAAUUCUCCCUUCUGCUUUAUUCUCUGCUCAUUUUUGCUUCUGGGCUCUUCUCCUUUCUUUCUUUCUGCCUCUGAAUUCCUGGGUUUUCUGAUCCCCCGCAGAUUCCUUCACUUUCUGUCAUUCUGUGCCAAUUCCCCAACAGGGUUUCUCUCAUUUUUGCCCCUCUGCUUCAUAAAGCAAGAAGCUUUGAUUAUGGUUUUGCUGUAAUGGGUUUCUUUGUUUCUUGUGAAAAGUGGUCGUAGCUAGUUGGUGUUUUCGGUUUUGGGGCUAGUCUUUGAGUUCAAAGGACAUGGGUGGGGGACAGAAGAGUGACAAAGAAAAAGUGGAGGAAGAAGAUACUGAUAAUGAAGCAGGAGAGGGACUUCCCAGGCAGAUGAGUGAGACUUCUGUUUCUGCAGCUGAGGAUGAUGAUGAUGAAGAAAACAGCAACAAGAUUCAGUUGGGUCCUCAAUGCACUCUCAAAGAGCAGAUUGAGAAGGAUAAGGAUGAUGAGAGCUUGAGGAGGUGGAAGGAACAGCUUCUUGGGGCUGUGGAUUUUGAGAGUGUUGGAGAAACUCUAGACCCAGAAGUAAAGAUUAUUAGCCUCUCAAUCCUCACUCCUGAUAGACCUGACAUUGUUCUUGAUGUUCCGGACAAUGGAAAACCCAAAGGCUUGUGGUUUACUCUGAAGGAAGGUAGUCCUCACAACUUGAAAUUCUCCUUCCGAGUUAGCAAUAACAUUGUAUCUGGCCUCAAGUACACCAAUACUGUUUGGAAAACCGGCGUCAAGGUGGACAGCACAAAAGAGAUGAUUGGAACCUUCAGUCCUCAGCCAGAGCCAUACACACAUGUGAUGCCAGAAGUGGUCACACCUUCCGGCAUGUUUGCAAGAGGAUCAUAUUCUGCAAGAUCAAAGUUUCUCGACGAUGAUAACAAGUGCUACUUGGAAAUCAAUUACACCUUUGAUAUUCGAAAGGAAUGGGCUGCGUGCUAGCAUCUCUUUCAUACAGAUGAUGUUCUUACUCCACAAUUACUUUGAAGAUUUUUCCCAUUAAUGACGCCCAUUUACUAUUUACUUCCUUGGUUAUGUGAAGUUGAUUACUAUUUUUUUCUGUAUGUGGUUAAUUUUCAUAACACUGGAUUGCAAAGGAAGAGAGAAGUUGUUUUUGUGAGGGGAUUCUUUGGUUACUACCUGUAAUAAAAGGUGAGCUUAGAUUGUAUUUCUGAUACUAGCAUUUGUAUGGUAACAACAUUUUACAGUCUUUA